CCCCUCUUCCCCUUAUAUACUCUCCCUUCAUUCGAACUCCCACUCUCACCUUCUCCGAGUAGAUACAGUCUGAUUCGAAGCUUUGAUCGUGCUGAUGGCCCCCGGAACUCUGACGGAGCUCGCAGGUGAGACCAAGCUCAACGCCAGGUUCGUUCGCGACGAGGACGAGCGUCCGAAGGUUGCCUACAACGAUUUCAGCGACGAGAUUCCGGUGAUAUCUCUCGCCGGUAUCGACGAUGUCGGCGGGAAGAGGGAUGGGAUCUGCCGGAAGAUCGUGGAGGCCUGUGAGAACUGGGGCAUCUUCCAGGUGGUUGAUCACGGCGUCGACUCCGAGCUCGUGGAUGAGAUGACUCGUCUGGCUCGCGAGUUCUUCGCCCUCUCUCCCGAGGAGAAGCUCCGCUUCGACAUGUCCGGAGGCAAGAAAGGCGGCUUUAUCGUCUCCAGUCACCUCCAGGGAGAGGCAGUGCAGGACUGGAGGGAGAUAGUGACGUACUUCUCGUACCCGGUGAGGAACAGAGACUAUUCGCGGUGGCCGGACAAGCCGGAGGGAUGGGUGAAGACAACGGAGGAGUACAGCGAGAAGCUGAUGGGAUUAGCAUGCAAGCUCUUGGAGGUGUUGUCGGAAGCGAUGGGGCUGGAGAAGGAGGCGCUGACGAAGGCGUGUGUGGAUAUGGACCAGAAAGUGGUGGUUAACUAUUACCCGAAAUGCCCUCAGCCGGACCUCACCCUCGGCCUCAAGCGCCACACUGACCCUGGAACUAUCACGCUCCUCCUUCAGGACCAGGUCGGCGGCUUGCAGGCCACCAGGGACGACGGCCGCACCUGGAUCACCGUUCAGCCCGUCCCCGGCGCCUUCGUCGUCAACCUCGGCGACCAUGGCCACUAUCUGAGCAACGGGAGGUUCAAGAACGCGGACCACCAGGCGGUGGUGAACUCGAACACGAGCAGACUGUCCAUAGCCACAUUCCAGAACCCGGCCCCAGACGCCACGGUCUACCCUCUCAGCAUCAGGGAUGGAGAGAAACCCAUCCUCGACGAACCCAUCACCUUCUCCGAGAUGUACCGUCGUAAGAUGGCCCGAGACCUCGAGCUCGCCCGCCUCAAGAAGCUCGCCAGGGAAAAACAGGCUCAAGACGAUGCCCAUGUCCACAAGGAUAAGCUUGAAGCCAAGCCUCUUGAUCAGAUCCUUGCUUAGCUUCCAUUCCUUUCAUGUUCCUUGGCCCUGUCAUCUCGUUACGUUUACUGCCAUAAAUGUCAUGAAGUAUGGACUGUAGAAGACGGACGACCCUCUUGUCGGCCAGUGGUAGCAUUAAUUAUUUGAAGAGUUUGGUUUUAUGAAAUUAAUUGCAUCAA